CAACUCUAUACUUUAAGUAAUACUAGUUAAGUAUUGGAUAUGUUGAGAUUUGGAAGAGUGGGUGGAAUACCCAGAGUGUUCAAUGUCACGGUGAGAUCCUUUGUAUACACCUCUCGAGUUCUUGCUACUGAUGGUUCUAUGAAUGCCUUUAUUCCAAAAAUGAAGACUCCUGGUGAACUGAGUUUUGUUGAAAACAAUAUACCUUCUGAAACCAAUAGAUUAUCUAAGAGUAUGACCAAGUUCUGGGAAACGGUUGAUACCGAAUAUAACGAAACAACCAAACAAUAUGACGUUAAACUCGACGGUAAAACUUUGAAAACACCAUUAGGAUUCCCACUUUCAUUACCGGAAUCCAAGAAAGAAAUGGCGUACUUGAUUGGUCAUGAAUGGGCCAAUUUACCAGACUUAAAGAUCAAGACCAAUUCUUUGCCAUUGACAUCCAUCACCGCCAGGGCCAUUGAUUUAAUGAGUAUCAAUAAAGAUGGUGAACCAAAUAACGAAUUAAUUUCAAAAGUGGGUAAGUUGGAAGAUAUUAAAUUGAAUUUAUUAAGAUAUUUUGAUACCGAUACUUGUUUGAUCUUCACUACUUUAGAGGAAUACGAUGGCAAAUUGAGAUCAAGACAAAAUGAAUUAUACUUACCUCUUAUUGAAGAAUUUGAGGACUUUUUCACCAAAUACGCCCAAUCCAAUGAACCCCAGAAAUUAUUACCUUCUUCUGAUUACAAAGUCAAAUUGAACUAUCUUGAUUGCGAAACAGAUGGAUUGAGAGGUAAUACCCAAGCAAUCACCACCCAGAACAUUGUUCUUCAUUGGUUAAACCAAUUGCCAAUUUAUGAUUUGGUGGCUUUGGAAAAAGCCAUUUUAACCUCUAAAUCCUUCUUAUGUGGUAUUUCACUUCUCAGAUCAAAUGCAGCCAACCCAGACAAUGUCAAAAACUUAUAUCAAGUCAAUAAAUCUCAUCCAAACAGUCAUUAUUUCAAAUCAAUUGACGAAAUUAUCGAAUUGGGUAACUUGGAAUCGAUUUUCCAAACUGAGGAAUGGGGUGAAGUCGAAGACACCCACGACGUUGACAAAGCCGACUGGUCCAGAAACUUGUCUAGUGCUGCGUUAUUAUGCCACUGAUCUUUGUCAUUGUCAUAACUAUCUCUUGUAAUUGCCAAAGUUAUCUAUUUGUAUAUAGCUGUUAAAUAAUAAAAAACCUCCGUACACCCGC